AGCCUUUCUCUCCCUUUCAACUUGCUAAGCUCUGGCAGGCCUUUUAACCAAAGCACUUUUCAACAGUAGUGUGUGGGAGUGGGUGAGUCAGGGGCAGAGCAAAAAGGAAGAGCUGUUUCCCUAAUUUUCUCUCUUUCUCUCCUUUCUCUUUUUGGAGAAGUCAGCACUUUGGUCCUCAAGAGAGGCUGGCACUCUUGGAGACGUUGGGCGCGCAAGUUUGUUGGGCUACACAGAUCUAUUUCUUCCCUCCUCGAGUCAGAAGAAGCAAACAAAACCAGAGCAGAAGGAAGAAUUGCCUGGCAAGAGGAGGCAGAAGAGGAAAAGAAAAUCAGGUGCAGGACUUGGGACAAGCCAGGAUGGAAAAACAACACUCUUGUGACAAGUGAAGCCAACUCUUAAGUGGGAAAUUUGAAGGCAAGACCUUUUCUCGUUGGCUCUCCUUUGGAUUUUUGUCCUUUUUGUGAUAGGGACCAUUAUCCCGAGUUGGGAAACUUAUCUGGAAUUUCCACCAGGAGUUUUGGCAAGUCGGGGAAAGCAAAAAAAACGAAGUUGCCUUUGUUUUGUUUCAAAACCUUGGAUCCAUCUUUCCAUCCAUCUCUUGGGUGCUGACUUCACUCUCGAUUUCGUCACUUGUUUUCGGCUCCAGCGACAACUUCUCCCUUCAGCCUUUUCCUCCACAAACCGGGGAGCUGCCGGACACUUGUGAGAAUCUGUCCCCCAAAUUUUGGUGUCCCUCUCCCCACAUCUCUGCCAAUGAGCCUUUAGUUUUCUCUUGGGCAGGCUGAGAUUUGUUUGGAGACUCUUUGGUCUCGGGAAAAUGAGUCAACUUGGCCGAUCUCUUCUUUGCUCCUGCCUGAUGGUUUGGUGGACUGGCAUCAGCAGUGCCCAGGAAGCUGUGUACUUCCUAGAGAGCCCAUUCAACCUGACAUCCUCAUUGGGAAAGGAUGUAAAAUUCUCCUGUUCUGUCCGUGCCGCCGGAGAGCCGCCUGAGCUGAGCUGGUUGCGGGAUGGCAUGGCUUUGGAGUUUGCGGACAGCAACCAGGUACAGGUGCCUUUGGAUGACGAAGAAUGGAUGGCCACCAGCGAACUCAGCAUCCCAAUGGUACAGCUCUCAGAUAUGGGAAACUACCAGUGUGUAGCCUUGGUGAACGGAUCCGAAGUCUUAUCUGAUGAAGCUUACCUGCAACUGGAAGGUCUUCCUUUUUUCACGGAUGAGCCUCAGGAUCUAGAGGUCACUGCCAACACCCCUUUCAACCUCAGCUGCAGGGCCCAAGGACCCCCAGAACCUGUCCUGGUGAUCUGGCUUCAAGACAGCAUUCCCCUCAACUCCUUGGUUGACCCAUUGGCCCAGACACCUUCCAUGUUGGUGAUGAAAGGUCUAAAUCACAGUGCAUCCUUCUCAUGCGAAGCCAACAAUGCUAAGGGAGUGAGCACAUCGCGAACUGCAGUGGUGACAGUGAUACCUGGACAACCACGUAACUUAUCCCUUGUGCAUCGCAGUGACCACAGCUUGGAAGUGUCAUGGGAGCCUGGGGCCAGUGGGGCUUAUGCUUUGGAGCUCUGCACCAUCCAGGCUGUGCGCUCCAAUGAGGACCUCAGCACCGUCUCUGACCGGGAGCUCUAUAACCAGAACCUCCGCGUGCCCCCCUUCAGCCACACUCUGAAAGACUUGAGCCCUUUCACCAUGUACCACGUCCGUGUGUCCUGCCGCUCCAGGGAAGGCAACUCCCCAUGGACACACUGGGUAGCAAUGGAAACCCUGGAAGGAGUGCCUUCCGCGGCACCAGAGAACAUCAUGGCCACACAAAAUGGCACCUGUACUGUGAUCCAAUGGGAAGAGCCGCGGGGCGACAUCAAUGGGAUCUUACGUGGAUACAAGUUGGUUUGUCAGAGUGGCGACUCACCUGAGGUGGUUGUGGAUGUGGGGCUGACCAAUGAGACCGUCCUGAUGCUAAACUCAACAGUACAGAACCUGACCGUGCGGGUUGCAGCCUACACACAUGCAGGCGAUGGGCCCUGGAGCAGAGCCAUCAUGAUUUCUUCCUCUGGUUUUGGUGAAAAUCUUCCAGAAGCCUUGCCAGUAGGAAUCUCCACCCCUGCCUUCUCCUGGCAUUGGUGGUAUGUGGUGAUCGCUAUAGCCACAGCCGUGGCUGCUGCCACCUUCAUCACCAUCUUCUUUGCACGGAUGAGGAGAAAAGAGACCCGUUAUGGGGAAGCAUUUGAACCCAGUAUGGAGCAGGGGGAGCUGGUGGUUCACUACCGUGUCCGCAAAUCUUACAGCCGCCGUACCACCGAAGCCACAUUGAACAGUCUGGGAAUUAGCGAGGAGCUGAAAGAGAAGCUGAGAGAUGUGAUGAUUGAUCGCCACAAGGUGGCACUCGGGAAAACGCUUGGAGAAGGAGAAUUUGGUUCUGUCAUGGAGGGGCAACUCAGCCAAGAUGGAGCAGUUCUUAAGGUUGCUGUUAAGACCAUGAAGAUUGCCAUCUGCACCCGAAGCGAGAUGGAGGAUUUUCUCAGCGAGGCCGUCUGCAUGAAGGACUUUGACCACCCCAAUGUCAUGAAGCUGAUUGGCGUCUGUUUGCAGAACACAGAGAGUGAAGGAUAUCCCUCUCCUGUUGUAAUCUUGCCCUUCAUGAAACAUGGUGACCUCCACAGUUUCCUCCUAUACUCCCGUCUUGGAGAUAGCCCAUUGUACCUGCCCACACAGACGCUGGUCAAGUUCAUGACAGACAUUGCUAGCGGGAUGGAGUAUCUCAGCAGCAAGAACUUCAUACAUCGUGACCUUGCGGCUCGCAACUGCAUGUUGAAUGAGAGCAUGACCGCUUGCGUGGCUGACUUUGGUCUCUCUAAGAAGAUCUACAAUGGGGAUUACUACCGGCAAGGCCGCAUCUCCAAGAUGCCUGUCAAGUGGAUUGCCAUUGAGAGUUUGGCAGAUCGCGUCUACACCAUCAAGAGUGAUGUGUGGUCAUUUGGUGUUACUAUGUGGGAAAUUGCAACACGUGGCCAGACGCCAUAUCCAGGUGUGGAAAACAGUGAGAUUUAUGACUACCUGCGCCAAGGCAACCGUCUGAAGCAGCCCAUCGACUGCCUGGAUGGCUUGUAUGAGCUGAUGCUGAGCUGCUGGACUCUCAACCCCCGGGACCGGCCCAGCUUUGAGGUCCUGCACAACGAGCUGGAGAAGAUCCUCAAGUCUCUCCCACCCGCCAAGGACCCCGAGGAGAUCCUCUACGUCAACAUGGAUGACGGGGUGGCCCCCGGGGAAGCGGAGCUGGGAGCUGUCGGUGGCUUGGGCUCCGAGGAGGUUUCGGCGAAGGAAAUCCAGUCACUGAAGCCGGUGGUGACGGCUGCUGAGGUUCAUCAGCCCCAAGGCGUAGGACGCUAUGUGAUGUGCCCCACUCCACACGAGAGCAGCCGACUCCUCACAGAGCCCCCCAGUUGUGCCGCCACGGAAGAAGGAGCCUAAGGAGGGUGAAGGUGUUUAGUUGUUGGGGAAGGGAGUUUGCAAACAACAACAACAACAGCCCUUAUGGGAUCCAGAAUGCCCCCUUGCUGAGGGGAAGGGAUUUAUUAAGUACCCCACAACUGAGACACACAC